CCUAUCACCACAAUGAACACCAUGGCCACCAUCUUUCAUAACAUCACCUUUCCCUCUCAAUUUUGGUGCUUUUGGUUCAUCACUGCCCUCCUCCUUCAUUUCUUCCUCAAAAAACUUCUCCCAAACCCUAAAUCCUCGAUCCCCGGCGGUUACGCGCUGCCCCCGAGCCCACCGGCCCUCCCUCUCAUCGGCCAUCUCCACCUUCUCACCCCAGUUCUAGUCACCUCCUUCCAAACCCUAGCUCGUCGUUAUGGCUCCCUCAUCGAGCUUCGACUCGGCGCAUCCAAAUGCGUCGUCGUCUCUACCGCUACAGUUGCCAAAGAGGUCCUCAAAACUCACGAGCACAAUUUCCUCUCCCGACCGGAGUUCGGUGCCUCCGAGCACUUCAUAUACCGAGGGUCGAGAUUCGUCAUGGCUCCCUACGGACCCUAUUGGCGAUUCAUGAAGAAACUUACCAUGACACGGCUUCUCUCACCGCCACAGCUCGCUAUCGCCUCCGCAAUCCGAAGGGACGAGGUGGGUAAACUAGUGGAGAGAAUUGAAGCAAAUUCAAGAGAAAAGAAACCAUCGGAUUUGAGAUUGGAAUUUACCACUUUGACAAAUAAUAUCAUAUCAAGAAUGCUUUUGAGCACAAGAUGUUGUGAUGGAAUUGAUGAAGCUCAAGAAGUUCAAGAUUUGAUGUGGAAGAUCAAUAGGCUUGCUGGGAAAUUGAGUUUGGGAGACAUUUUGGGACCUUUCAAAGUGCUUGAUUUCUCUGGAAAUGGCAAGAAAUUUGUUAGAACCAUGAAGAGAUUUGAUGGGUUGGUGGAGAGGAUAAUGAAGGAGCAUGAAGCCGCCAUCAAUGGCGGCGGCGAUCCCGACCGAAAACUAGACGUAUUGGACAUCUUGCUCGAGUGUCACAACGAUCCAAAUGCGGAGAUGAACAUAACAAGAAAAGAUAUCAAAUCCUUCUUGCUCGAUCUUUUCAUGGCGGGCACUGACACGACAGCCACAGCGAUAUUAUGGGCGAUGGCUGAGCUUUUGAAUCGUCCAAAAUCAAUGGAGGAGUUAAGAAAAGAGAUAAUUUCGGUGGUCGGAGAGGAGAAGCUAGUUCAAGAAUCCGACCUCCCUAACCUCCCGUAUCUCCGUGCGGUGGUGAACGAAACACUCCGGCUGCACCCAUCAGCGCCGUUGAUCAUCAGAGAAUGUUUAGAUGACUGCAUCAUCAACGGUUCACUAGUCAAGGCGAAAACACGAGUCUUGGUCAACGCUUAUGCUGUCAUGAGAGACCCAGAAUCUUGGUCGGAGCCCGACAGGUUCUUGCCGGAGAGGUUUCUAGAAGGGUCAAAUGAGAACAUUGGUAGCCACCGUAUGGAGAUGAAGGGGCAAAAUUUCCGGUAUAUUCCGUUUGGGAGUGGGAAGAGAGGUUGCCCUGGUUCCUCCCUUGCCUUGCUAGUUUUCCCAUGUGCAAUGGCAGCCAUGGUGCAGCGGUUUGAUUGGAAGGUUGACGGUGACGGCGACGGCAACACCAUCGAUUUGACACCCGGGCCAGGUUUCGCUGCCGAGAUGGCAACACCGCUCGUUCGUUAUGCCGACCCCAUUAAUAAGAAUACUUAAUUAUAAAUUCUGUCGAUAUGCAU